UCCAUUGAGAGAGUGAUCCUAGUGAGAGACCAUGUCUUCCAAGCAAGAAGAGAGGGAGAAGAGGGCUGAGGCGGCAGCAAGGCAAGCGGCGGAUGAGCUCGCAGCACAACGGAGGGAGCUCGAGAUGGAGCGAGAGAAGUACGCCGAGAAAAAGGAGAAGGAACGAUAUGAGUCAGCUGGCGGUGAGCAGCAGCAAAGAGGAGUGCUGGAGAGCAUCAAGGAAGGAGCCAAGUCUCUGCUGAGCUCCGUUCAGGACACCACUGCUGCUAAAGCUCGUGAGGCGUCGGAGAAGACGGCGGAGACUAAGGAUGCCGCUCUUGAGAAGACGAAGGACUACAAAGACUCGGCGGUAGAGAAGGCGAAGGAGGCUAAAGAUAAUGCCGUGGAGAAGGCCGCCGAGUAUAAGGACUCGGCUGCGGAGAAGGCGAAGCAGGCGAAGGAUAGCACUGUGGAGAAGGCCGCCGAGUAUAAGGACUCGGCCGUGGAGAAAGCGAAGCAGGCUAAGGAUAGCACCUUGCAGAAGGCUGGGGAAACAAAGGACACUACGCUGCAGAAGACUGGGGAGUAUAAAGAGAAGGCGGCUGAGAAAGGUAGAGAAGCUAAAGAUACAGCUGCUGAAAAGGCUGGGGAGUAUAAAGAGAGUUCGGAGCAGAGGAUGGAGGAAGCUAAACAGAAGGCAAAGGAGAUGAAGGACACUGCUGCUCAGAAGGCACUUCAAGGAAAGGAUACAACCUUGGAAGGAGCUCAACGUGCAAUGGAGUACUUAAGUACAAAAAAAGAAGAAGCUAAAGAAGGCACUGCUGAAACUGGGGACACUGUGAAGGAGAAGCUGAGCGAGAGUGAAGAGGAAGCAAGGAGGAAAUUUGAGGAGUUGAGGAAUAGAGACAAAGAAGCUAAGAAUGAGACUGGGCGCACAGUGGAGGAGACUGGAGAAGGUGGCCAGAGGUCGGAUAUUGGAAGUGGUGGAGGGGGGUUGUUGAGUUCAUUAGGGAAUGUGGCAGAGACUAUAAAGGAGAAGCUUGCAGGGCCAAAGGUGGUAGAGCAUGAGGAGAUAAGGUAUAGAGUGAAGCCUGCAGGAGAGGAAGGGGAUGUGGAGGCGAAGAUCAAGACUUCGGACCAGAUGCAUGGGCAGGCGUUCAAUGAUGUUGGUGAGAUGGGCGAGGAAGGGUCCGGUCCUAUUGGUCGUGAUGACCGUCAUGGCAAGAUGUGAGUCGAGUUGGGUCUUGGACAUGAGCCGUGGUGGUUUAUACUUUAUAGGUGGUGUUUUGUGCUGGAUGUGGAUACUUUUUUCUCUUUGUGGUCUUCUUGGUUGUUUGUCCUUUGGCGUUGAACCUUUUAUUACCUAUGUUGUUUGUUGUUGCGCUAAUAAGAAUACGGUUGUUUAUGAAGAGAUAAUUCGGUCUAGUCUCCCUGGCUGGGGUGCUGGGG